CCAAGACUGGAGGGAAGGACUUCCGCGACAUGCAGACGAGCAAAGUAAGGAGCCCCAGUGGGUCGCACAACACACUCCCGUGCAGUUACAAGAGGGCUAGUUUGGCUUUUUUCAAAAACGUUCCUUCACAAAAAAGCCGCCCAACUGCGGACGGCCGUGAUCUCGUGAGCUCGGAGAUCUGGGGUGACUUUCGGGGUGCCCAGCUCCCCGCUUCUCUGCGCUCUCCCCCACGACCGCGGAGCCCCGCACCGCCACAGCGGGCUUUUCGUUCUGCGACCCGACUUGCCGGUGCGCAGGCCGAGGCGGCCCCGCGUCGGUCUGCUGCCUCGUCCGGCAGGAGCCCGGAGAGGGCUCGCGGACAGCCUCGAUCCCGAGGUCAGGGCAUUUUUACCCCGAGUACAGGAAGGGCCUGCGCCCCCGCCUGACAGCUCCGCCACCGACGCCAACCCAGACCCUUGAACGUCAGGAACCUGACGCUCCCGGAACGCGGCGCCCGGGGGCGUGGACGUAGCGGAGCGCAAUAGCUGUUGUACCGCUCUGCCGCCCGGCCGGCGGAGAGACGGAAGUUGAAGGUGCUGACGCAGCUGGGGGAACUUUGCCUCGAUGGCACCUUCCUGUCCGCUAUUCCGCCCCCGCCGGAGGGGCUCGGCUCCGGAAUUCAAGAUGGAGUCGCUGAGCAGAGCUGGGCAAGAGAUGAGCUUAGCGGCCCUGAAGCAGCACGACCCCUACAUCACCAGCAUCGCAGACCUCACGGGCCAGGUCGCUCUGUACACCUUCUGCCCCAAGGCCAACCAGUGGGAGAAGACUGAUAUAGAAGGGACCUUAUUUGUAUAUCGAAGGUCAGCCUCUCCUUACCAUGGUUUUACCAUUGUGAAUCGACUGAAUAUGCACAAUCUGGUUGAACCAGUGAAUAAAGAUUUGGAAUUUCAGCUCCAUGAACCAUUUCUUCUGUAUAGAAAUGCAAGCUUGUCAAUAUACAGCAUCUGGUUUUAUGACAAGAAUGACUGUCACCGCAUAGCCAAACUCAUGGCCGAUGUUGUAGAAGAGGAGACACGGCGAUCCCAGCAAGCCGCUCGGGACAAGCAGAGUCCCAGCCAGGCUAACGGCUGCAGUGACCACAGGCCCAUUGACAUCCUGGAGAUGCUCAGCAGAGCCAAGGACGAAUAUGAGAGGAAUCAGAUGGGCGACUCCAAUAUCUCCAGCCCUGGGUUACAGCCAAGUACUCAGCUCUCCAAUCUGGGAAGCACCGAGACUCUAGAAGAGACGCCAUCGGGGUCACAAGAUAAGUCUGCUCCAUCUGGACACAAACAUCUGACGGUGGAAGAAUUAUUUGGAACCUCUUUGCCAAAGGAACAGCCAGUGGUUGUGGGUCUCGAUUCGGAAGAGGUGGAGAAGCCGCCAGGAGAUGUCUCCCAGAAAGAGUCCAGCUCAUUCCUACCAUUUUCCUUCGAGCAGUCAGGAGGAGCCCCUCAGUCGGAAAACCUGGGUGUCCAUCCUGCUGCCCACCACUCGGUCCCACCUGAAGUCCCCACCCCGGUGCUGAUCACUCCUGCCUCCAUCACACAGUCCAGUGACAAACAGGCCCCAAGCUAUGCCAUCCCAUUGCGUCCUGUGCUCAGUCCCACUCUACCAGCAGAAGCUUCUACAGCACAGGUUCCCCCCAGCUUACCCCGAAACACCACCAUGAUGCAGGCGGUGAAGACCACGCCGAGACAGAGGUCUCCACUCCUGGGCCAGCCAGUCCCUGAGCUGAGCCACGCCAACCUGACUGCCACCCAGAGCCCCUUCAGGGCCCCCCUGAGCGUGACAAACACAGCUGGUACAUCCCUCCCGAGCGUGGAUCUUCUCCAGAAACUCAGGUUGACCCCACAGCAUGACCAAAUACAGACGCAGUCACUUGGGAAAGGUGCCAUGGCACCUAGCUUUUCCCCAGCACCUGGCCAGCUGGCCACACCGGAGAGCUUCAUAGAGCCUCCCUCUAAGACCGCAGCGGCUCGAGCCUCAGCAUCCCUGAGCAACAUGGUGCUUGCUCCCCUUCAGCCUAUGCAGCAAAAUCAGGAUCCUGAAGUCUUUGCCCAGCCUAAGGUGUUACCCAGUGCCAUCCCGGUCGCAGGCCCCACGCUGGUUACUGCAACAACCAUGGCAGUGUCCUCAGUCCUGUUGUCCCCGAGCGUUUUCCAGCAGACAGUUGCAAGGUCUGCAGACCUCGAGAGGAAAGCAAGCGCCUCUCCGCUGACUGUUGGAACAUCAGAAAAUCAGAGAAAGCCUUCCAUUAUUCUCAGCAAGUCACAGCUCCAGGAUACAUUAAUACAUCUAAUAAAGAAUGAUUCCAGCUUCCUCAGUACACUUCACGAAGUCUACCUGCAGGUUCUGACCAAGAACAAAGACAACCACAACUUAUGAUUGGAGCAGAAUAAAUCCGAAGGCAGAAUGUCGACCUCAGAAACAAAUAGGCCUCGUCAUGGAAACUUCUAAACAGAACACUGAGUUUUGAGAAUCCUGAAAUUGAGCCUAUGAGAAAGAGACUCAUUCUUUAAGAAUGUUUUCCAAGUGACGUUCUCAGUGAUAAUGGAGGUUUCACUGUGAAGCAUCACCAGCAGACCUUUGUUUUGACAAAAAAAAAAAAAAAAAAAAAAAAAAACCAACAACAACCAUUGUGUUAAGUUGUGUGGGUGUUUUCAUCAGCUCUAAGAAAGGAUGUGAAAUAAGGAAUCUGGUUUUCAGCUUGCUUUCACUCUCAAGGUCUUAGGGAGGAGGGGUCAACAGCCUUGCAGCAGAGUUCAGCCCAGCCCGCGCCCCUUCCCCUGCUGCUCCUCCUAGAAAUUUGAGCCUUAGGCUUAUGGUCAAGUUCUGAACAGAGCAGAAGUCAGCUCUGUACAAAGUACCUUUGAGUUUUAAGGAUCAGAGUUUAAGUUGGCAAAUUAGGACUGAUUUGUUCAAGCAAAGUACAUUUUUAUGAAUGCCCCAUUUGGGCCUUAAAAGUUAUGAAAUUUCUCAGUUGUGUUUUGUUCGUAAGUGUCCCCAGAGCGGCCAUGCAGCAGGCUCCCAGGGCAGAGAUACCAUGUGACUAGGGCCGCGCCAGGCUCUGUGAUGGUAUGGGAGUGGCGUGUCACACCUUUGAAGCAAAGGCUGGGGCUGGUAAAGACUGAAUUCGAUCAGAAACCUUCACUUUAAGUUAAACUCUUGAGUGGUUUUGAAAAUGUUAAGUUUUGUGUGAAGUGUAGCCUUAUUUUCCUUUUCUGUCUAAACACAGAAGUCCUUGUUGAUUGUUUUCCUUAACGCUUUGACAAAAGGACCAGUGGACCAAUCUAACAAAGCCAUUCUGGUUCCAUUCCUCGAGUCUACUGAGAGUAGUUUUAAAGCUAUGCAGAAAAGGGAGCUGUUAUUCACACUGCCCUUACUUUAAUAUAGAAUAUGGAGUUAAAAACAAAGUGUGAAAUUCAGAACUUUACCAAUGUAUUCCUAGGCUGUGAGUACUUUCGCAGCCCAAAGUGUGAAAAUAUGUAAAGAUGCUUUGUUAUGCUGCUAUUGACCUGCCAUGAUUUAUAUUUAUUCUUUUAUGGCAUGUAAUGGUGAUUAGUAAUAUUUUAAUGUAGAUUUUGAUUUAUUUCAGCAAUAGUAAUUUUAAGAUACUCUUUGAAUGAAAGUGUCUUUGUUUCUAUGAUACAGAUCAUUUUGUAGUAUUUAACCAAUUAAGAUGCACUGCUUACUUUUCUGAGCACUAUUUAAUGAUGGGGUAAAAACCCAGUUGGCUCAACCAGCUAUCAUAAGGAUUAGCUGUGAAUAAUGCUGAUGGAUGUGGUGGUUCCUCGGGAACAAUCAUUUAAGCUUUAAUGGUAACUCAAUCAUAAAUCCAUAGAUUUUUUUUUUCCUAGCUGAGAUUUUAGAAAAUUACUUGUGAAUUACAUGCUUGUUUUAGUUUGGUCUUAGUUUUUUUAGCAUAAAGAAUACUUUGAUUGGCUUUCGUUAUCUAAACAUGCUUCCUGGGCAGUUUUCUGCUUGUCAAUGUAGUGUCUUCUCUUGCUGUCUACAUAGUUAUUUGUGAAUUGUGCAGAAGUCAGGGAAGCUUAUAAGUUCUCAUACUUGAUGGAAAAGAGUUUGUUUUCAAAGGUAGUGUGUAAAUCCAACAACCAAAAAUGAAUUGCUCGUAUAUCACCCAGGAAGGAGAAUGUCGAAGUAAGAUCCAGAGUGUUGCUUACACCAGGAGAUGGUGUCGGGGGAGCGACGUGACUGUUCUCAGAAAACAGGUUUGCUCACACCCCCAGUGUGGUUUCGGUGGGCUAUGGUACAUGGAAGAGUCAAGGGAUUCUUGUUGUAAUAGACAUUUGACUUGAAAUGAUUUGAGUAUGUGUAAUAUCAUGAAAGAAUUAAGAGAAUAUCCUAAAGAGGGUCGGUAAUCAAAUCUGUUAAUUUUCACCCUUUCAUCCAAGGAAAGAAUAUGAUAGGAAAGAGAAUCUAUGAUAAGUUUUCCUUAGUGGGAAAAUAAACUUUGAAGUGCCCAAGUCAUGGAGACUUGGAAAGGGUCAACCUGUUUCAACUCCCAGAUUUAUGUAUUCAAAGGAUUUACUUAAAAUUCAGAAGCCAGAAGUUCGUCAUGAUUACCAGGAGGUUCGGGCCAGAAUGAGUCCCUGAAAAGUCAGGCCAAGCCUGACUCCUCGCGGUCGGAUGACCCUGGCCCGAAAGUCACAGUUCAGUUGCCUUAUUCCUCGGUCAGACUUCCUAUCCAGAACCUCACGCUAGCUUAGGUUGCGUGUGUCCAUAGCCGCCGUGACAUUACUGGAACCUUUGUUUCAAACCUUAGUUGAAUCAAAGUGGACACCAAAACACAGAUGCUUCUUGCUAGGUUUUGCAGUUAGGCCCCCAUGUCUGUCUGUGUACCCCACCCCCACCCUAGUGGGUGGCCCUGCUCUUUUGUUGUAGUUAACUGUCAUGUCUUCAGGUAGACUCCUGCACCAGGAUCCCAAACAGCCUUGUGCCUGCGCGGCACAGCUCCUCAGCGCACAUCCUUCCGGAGGCGUGCCAGGUGGGACUUCGAAUGCCAAGUUUUCAAGUGACUGUCCGUGUUAGAAGAAGCAUUUCAUACUGUGUGCAUGGGAGUGUCCUCGGCUCACCUUGCAAGCCUUUGGGGUGGCCAAAGGUGGUUUGCAAAGAGCCCAAAUUCACGGAUCCUCUGCUGAAGGCCGCACGGGCCUUGUAUAGAAUGUGUCUGGCCCAAUUUUGCAUGUCAAGCAUCUGUUGUUUUUCUGCCUAGGUUUCCUUGUAAAAAUUAUAAACCCUCUCGAACCCUGUACUAGGUAGUAUGUUUAAACCGUGCAGCUUUAUUACUCUCCCCACCCCCACCCCCCCCAAGAAUGUAGUUUGAAGUUUUCUCAUUUGGGUAGUAGAGGCCAUAACUGCCAUUGUAUUACUAAUAAUGCAACAUGAAAUUGAAGGUGCCUAACUGCUUAAAAAACAAAAUCAGUCAUCACACAGUAACUGGGCAAAACGUAGAAACAGAGAAGUGAGAGGGGCACAGGCACAAGUGGGCCCAGUCCACAGGAGUGAGGACAAGGAUCCCAGGGACGUGUGUCCUGCCUUCUUGCUGCAUAUUUGCUGCUGAGCACGUGUUUCAUUGUCACCUAUCUUUGGUUUUCUUCAGUUAUGUUCAAAGUACCUUCUGGAACCAAUAGUGCUCUGCGUUUUCAGGUUAUGUAAAAUGUUAAGAUCUAAAUCAAGUAAAGCAACUUACACUGGGCUUUUUAAAAGCUGUGUUUGAGAACAUUUCCCUGAGUGGGCCGGGGCCUCAAGGAGCCUAUUUUCCAGCAAAUUCAGCAGGAGAGAGGUGUGCAAUGUUUCAUUCGGUUUUCUAUUUGACAUCUUCAUUUGAAAUGCUAAGAUGCCAUAUCAUUCACUUUGAAUGGGGAAAAUGCAAAAUUGUGUUUCCCUUUUAUCUGUGUGAUUCCUUAAGAAACGUGUUUUUAAAAUAUGUGUUCUCAGUGGUUUUUUAUUCUGUAUUACUGCUUUGGCCAUGUGGCUCUCAUGACUUGCAGUGCACCGGAUUCUCAGUUCCCUGAAGUGUGGGGCCGAGAAGCUCUGGGUUUACAGCAAGAUUUUUGUUCCAUGAGCGCAAUACUACAUCAUUAACAUUUUUAAUGGUAUGGAUUUUAUACCAUCUGUGUAUGUUUGCAAAUAUUAAGUUAUUACAUGUUUUCAAAUGAGCAUUUUUCAUCCUAAAUUUUAUAUGUUUGCAAAUAUAUUUUUUUAAUAAAAGUUCAAAACCCAGUUUUAGCACCUA